AAGGAACUCAACAUGGAAAGGUAUCAUGUUGUGGCACACAUGGUGAAUUUUUUUCUGUAGAAAUUUGAAGGUGCGUCAUCUUAUUCACACAGGACAAUGGGCAAAGGAUUAUAUUUGCCCACAUCCAGGCUGUCGUAAGGGCCAUGGUGAUGGUGGCCAACACUAGUGGUUGUACCUUCGUGCUGGAGUUGAGUGGUGGUCUGAUCCGGUUGCUGGUCACGAUCUGAUACAAUAGUUGAAGGAUGUGUUUAAACUUAGAUCCUUGGAAGAAAAUAGAAGGCAAAUGAAAAAUCAAGUUUCGGGCCAAAUGGAUGGAAAAAGGAAAACAAAGGUGAGCAGCCACACGACAAUGAGAUACUGUUCUUCUUUUCGGCAAUUCACUAAAAGAAUCGUGUGCACCGUCUCCAACUGCAAGCAAAGCAAAGACUCUAGACUAUGGAAGUAAGCAUCUCAUCGCCUCCAAUUGCAAGCAAAGCGAAGGAAAGCAAAGGGAAGCCAGCAGAGACCUGCCAUGCCCUGCAGGCUUUGGGAUCAAUUCCAUUAUGUUGCUGCAAUCUACAGGUAUUUUUCUAAUCUAUCCAUAGUGUUUGAGUGUUCCUCUGUUUGGCCAACAUGAGGAUGCUGGGGGAUCAUCUCCAGCACAGCUACCGUCCCCAAAGCUCAACACAGCAGGUACACAAGUCAAAGAUAAACAAAACUAUUGUAUAAAUUAGGUAAUAUUUUUAUUAUUACAUUGAACCGUUAUUUUGGGCCUUGCGGCAGCUGAAUGCUUGCUGCUGUUUGGAUGAAGCUUUACUCUUCGCAUGUACUGAGCCGCUGUUCUGUUAUUUUGGUAAUGCAACCUGGGGCUAUGGGGCUAUAUGGAUUAAAAAAUUUGGUGCAUUUCUUAAAUUAUAUGCAUGUGCAUCUGGUAUUAUUACGUAUCUAUAUAGAGGCUGGGGGAUCAGAGCUCUUUAUCUACAACUAGUAGUGUGAUGUGCAUUUGCGCGACUAGAGUUUCUAUGUAUCGUUGCAUGUCAUUUAACAAAUUUAACAUCCUCUUAAAUAUAUACUCCCUCCGCCCCGAAUUAGUUGACUCAGAUUUGUCUACAUACGGAUGUAUCCAAAACGUGUCCAGAUACAUCCGUAUCUAGAAAAAUCUAAGUCAAGUAAUUCGGAACGGUGGUUGUACAAUUUUGACCACUCAUUUACAUGAGAAUAUACCUGAAAAAAUAUAUAAAUCACAGUGCUAGGAAUCAAAAUGGUGAAGAAUAUUGCCUAAUUUUGUAUAUUAUAAUGUUUGAUAGCCAAUGUUAUAAACGUUGGUGAUCAUGUUCUUCUCAACAUAUUUUUUUGUUCAUGACAUAGGUAAUUUCAUAGUGUUCUUGUGUGUGGUUUAUUUAACAUGCUCUUAUGUGUUGCUGAUUGAACACACAUGCCCUGCAGUUGAUUCAGCCUCUUCAUUCGUCUCCAUGUCCAAGCCAAGCAAACACCCUAGACUAUCUGAAUCUGUUCUUUUCUCGUCAGUUGACUAGAAGGAUGUUGCAUUGUCUCAACCUUCAAGCAAAGCAAAGACUCUAGACUGUAGAAUCUUGCGCCGUCUCCAACUGCAAGCAAAGGGAAGCAAAGACAGCAGGGAUCAAUUCCAUUAUUUUGCUGCAAUCCUCCAGAUUGUUGUGCCCUCAUAUAUAUGGCCCUAUCUAUACUGAUUUGAAAUAUGAGUACUAUAAACAGAUCAGACACGCACAGUAAUUUAUGAUAUCCCUAUCUACUAUAUUUGUCUAAUCAAUCCAUUCUCCCCACUCAAUCGAGCUAGUUUGAGCUGUGUUUGACCAACAUGAGGAUGCGAAAGGAUCAUCAUAGUCCUUAGUUCGAGUCUAUCUGCAGCACUUUUCCCCUCCUGAAGCCCAACACAGCAGGUACGUGAUUCAACGUAUAGACAAAAGUAUUGUGCAAAUUAGGUGAUUUUUAAAUUAGAUUGCAUCACUAUUUGGUUCCUGGCAGCUAAUGCGGCGUGUUGUUACUCUCUGGAUAUUUUUCUUCUUUCUGCUUUACCUUUUGCAUGUACUGAACCGCCCUUUCAUUAUUUUGGUAAGAAAACCUGGGGCUUCGUAUGAAAAAAGAACUACUUGCAUUUCUCAAGUUAUAUGCACAUAUUUUUCUGGUAUUUGCACAUGCUUCUGGUAUUUUUUGUAAAUAAUGUAUCUGUAGACUCCGGGGGAGUUCUUUAUCUUCAAUUAUCUAUAAUAAAAUAAAAAUAAACUCAAGUGGUAGUUAUUGCACGCAAAUUCAAAAUCUCCUCAUGAGGAUUGGAUGCUGAGAGACCAUGUUUUUUCCUUUCUGCUUAGCUCUUUUUGUAGGCUAAACAAUUGACGCUACCAUGUCACGUUAAAUUUUUUGCCGAGACAGCAUCUCCAUUCAGGUUCUGAAAUUUAUCCUCUUCAAUUUGUUUUCAACUCCAAGAAAAGUGAAGAGCCUGGAGUAUGAGAACCUGUUAUGUUUUCCGGCAAUUGACAAGAAGAAUGUUGCAUUGUCUCAAACUGCAAGCAAAAGAAAGACACAAACACUCUAGAGUAUAAGCAUCUUGCAUCGUUUCCAACUGCAAGCAAAGAAAAGCUAGCAGAGACCUUGCACACCCUACUGGCUUUGGGAUCAUUUCCAUUAGUUUAAUGCAAUCCUCUAGGUGUGCCCUCAUAUAUAUGGCCCUGUUCUGAGCGUUCCUCUGUUUGAGCAACAUGAGGAUGUUGAAGGAUCAUCAACACUCUAUCUAUGUCCAGUAUGGCUACCCUCCCGGAGCUCAACACAACAGACUGACAGUAGCGAGCAUCCAGCAGCUCUGGAAUGAGUGGGAGAUCCAGUGCUUGGUGCUUGUGAGCUUCUCCCUGCAAGUCUUCCUCCUCUUCUUCGCGGGGCUCCGGAAGCGCCAUCGCUCUCGCAUUCUCAGCCUGCUGCUGUGGCUUGCCUACCUGUUGGCGGACACCGUCGCGGUCUUCGUUCUCGGCCGCCUCACACGUGUUGGAGGCGACGACUCACUGGUGCUCUUCUGGGCACCGUUCAUGUUGCUCCACCUCGGAGGGCAGGACACCAUCACAGCCUUCUCCAUGGAGGACUGCGCACUGUGGAAGAGGCACCUGCUGAACCUCACCACCCAGGUGGCACUGGCCAUCUACGUCGUGGGCAAGCAAUGGCAAGGGGACAAGCAACUUGUGGCUCCCAUGGUGCUAAUCUUCAUCUCUGGGACAGCCAAAUAUAUGGAGAGAAUAUGGAUACUUGGGAGAGCCGGCUCAUGGGGACCUAUAAGCAGGCCUUGGGGUCCGUUGUGUGGGCAGAAAAGAACCCUGGGGGUCAGGCUUGACACACAUGCUCCUAUCUGGUCAUUGUUCUCUUCUGACAUGGAGGAUGUGGCUCAUGACAUGUUUUAUAAUAGCAUGAACUAUUUCAUGAACAGGACUAGUAAACGGCUUCGCGGGACUGGUUUAGGUCAGGAGGAACGAGAUCGUCUCAAGUCAGACGAGGGAGUUAACUUGGCAUACAAGUUGGCUGAGACCCAACUCUCAUUGAUCUAUGACUUCUUGUACACCAAGUUUGGAAGCCUCGAUGGUGUGUUGCACCGUCUCACCAUCCUUGUCAUAAACUCUACAGCUCUCGCUCUGUUUGCUGUUCAUCAUAAGGGAGGGAGGGGGCGAUCAGAAGCUGUGAAGUACUACUACAGAGUAGCUGAUGUUGCCAUCUCUUACAUAUUGCUUGUGGGUGCAGUGGCGUUUGAGAUAUCCUCUAUAUUGAUGUGGCUCAUGACAUCAUAUUCGCCAUCCAACGUAUGCACAGGACCAAGCGGAGGCCAUAGUCCAAGAAUUGUGCUUAGCAUCCUCAAGCGCCUCCGCCCAGCACCGAAAAGCAACAGAUUGGAGUGGUCAGGUAAGCUGUGGCAGUAUAACUUUAUUGAUGAAAUCAUCCAAAAGGAGAAGGCAACAAGGGAAUAUGGAUGGCUGAAACGGAUGAUGUGGCGUAUCGGCAUCAAGCAAUACCACCACACAACCAAACAUGUUGCCAUCUCCCCAGAGGUAAAGAAGGUGUUCCUUGAUAAGCUGUGUGACAAUCACUGGAAGUUGUACUUCAGCAGCUUCACUGCCGAGUGGGCAGCUUAUAUUCCUUCUUCCUCCUCUGGGUUUGGUGCAGCUAAACAGAAAGUCCGAGGCAUCUUCAAAGAUAGGGAUCUUGUAUCAAGUGCCUUUCUUUGGCACCUUGUGACAGACAUAUGCCUGGUGCGGGACGAGACGCCCUCUAAGCUUAGAACCUGCAGUCAACACGUGUCCAAUUACAUCAUGCACCUGGUCUACAAGUGCAACUUGAUGGUUGAUGCUGACGGGUGUUUAUUUUUCGAAGAAUGUAUAAAGUGGAUUGGCGCGUUUUGCAAAGAUGCCAACUAUGAUAAGAGGGACCUCCUCCAGAGAUUCUAUGCCAACUAUGAUAAGAGGGUCCUCCUCCAGAGAUUCUACGGUAACGAUUUUCACUCUGAAGGUUCAGUUGGCCAUCUAGCUAGUCUAGCUACUGAUGUGGCUUUUCUGCUCAACGGCGAGGUAGCUGCUGCUGAUCGGUGGGAGAUGAUCGCAACGGUAUGGAUGGAAAUGCUCUGCUACAUCGCAGUCAACUGUGAUCAUGGGUUCCAUGCCAAGCAGCUGAGCGCUGGAGGGGAGUUCCUCACUCAUGCCAAGAUGAUCAUGUUUCCCAUACUACAACUGGCUGAUCCCGAUGAGCAGUGACGACGGAUGGGGGCGAGGCCCGGGGCGUGAGGCCCAAAUCCUUUGUAUAUUACUCCCUAUGUAAACUAAUAUAAGAGCGUUUAGAUCACUACUUUAGUAUUCUAAACACUCUUAUAUUAGUUUACGGAGGGAAUAUACCACAGUAUACAUAGGGGGCCCGGGGCGUGAGGCCCAAAUCCUUUGUAUAUUGUAGCACAGUAUACAUAGGGGGCCUGGGGCGGCCCGCUGAGCUGGAUCUGCCCCUACUGAUGAGUGAUGUAACAUAAAAACACAACUAUUGGGUUCAUCUGCAAAGUUACUUUCUUA